AUGUUUGAUGAGGAGACUUACCGCACCGCCAUGAACGUCAUGGAUAGGGACUCCAGAUCCGGUCAGCACUCCAUCAUCACUCCCCAGCCCUUCAUGGAGCACGUGCCCACCCCACACUUCAUCGACCUCUCACCGAGCAUCAACCACAAACUGGACCGCCCCGACAGCAGGUUCAACAGCACUUCCAGUAGCGACAACUACAGUUCGAAGGAGAACCGGCGGAUGAAGAGCGGCAGCUACGGCGACUUGAUCGGAGUUGAACAUGGAGAUCACAGGUCCUUCAAUCCUUACCUCAGCAGCCACAACGACAACAUCGACGGCAACAGCAGCAACGUGCGCAAAGAUUGGGCUGAACAAAUAUUCAACCGCAACAAUUACGGCGAUCGUUAUUACGGCAGACCACCGUUUCAGCAACAACAGCGACAUCAACAUCGACCACAGCAACAAUUCAAAAACAAGCCAGUGAGUCGAUCAAUAGACAACAUCGAGCAACAGACGCAGCAACGUUACAGAAGUGCCACACAGUACCGACCACCACUAUAUUCACCCAUGAGUUCAGACAACGAGGGCAGGUCUUCCAGUGACUACUUUAACAGGCAGUGCAGCGGCAAUUCGAGGACCGAUUACAGAACAGUCAGCGAGUCGGAAAAUCCGAACUCGUUCCGACGCCGGUAUUAUGAGGAAUCGGUUUCAUCGGAUGAUCGUUCGAAUGUACACCCAUCUCGAUACACGAUGAAAACUCAACAACAGCAGUUCGAACAGAUGAAUUUGAGUCCCAGGUCAAUGAUCAGUGGCAGUGAGUCUGGCGAUGAAAUUUUGGUGGUGAAGAGAGCAGGUAUGGUGGGAAACAAGUUCGAGAUGAAACCACCGAUUGCAAGACAAGCAAUUCGAAGCUACGGCUCCCACAGCCGAUUGGACAGCAACAACAACAACAUCGGAAUGCAUUCCAACAACAACAACUACGACGACAACCGCAACGACACCUCAGCAGAUCCGGACAGGAUAGCACGUGAAUAUUGGGAGAAUCGUUGGACUUCGGGCGACUACGGCAACAGCAGCAGAAACAACAACCCCAGGUACUCGCAUCGACAACAAUACAACUCUUCUGACAACCUCCUCAACAACAAUUUCUCAAGCUCGUCAAGAGAACGAUUCUUUUCAACGAGAACAUCGUCAAACAACAGAGACAACAACAACAGCAGCAACAACGUUUCAAACAGAACGGUUCUUAAAAACGUCAGCAACAACAGCAAUGGCAGCAACAACGCCAACAACGAUAGCGGCGUUGGAAAGGACAAAGAACUUCUGAAGAAAAUUCAACAGGAACUUGAAUCGCAGAGGAUGAACUGGACAGGAGAGAUUGAUAAGUUGCUCUCACCAAUGAGUGCCGACCUAGAACGAACCAGAUCCCCCUUUGCAAGUUACACCAACUCGUCCCCAUCACCUUCGUCCCCAUCUUUGCACCCCACCUUCAAUGCCGAAAAGAACAGUUUUAUCGAUACCUCGGGCCCUAUGGCAAUCUUCAAGGCUUUCGUUGAUGUCAGUGACUACCCUACCAAGUCUGUGUCCGUCAGGAUGGAUAACUGGAGUAAUAAGGUUUUAGCAAAAUCGUGA